GGCUUGAUUGUAGCUUCGAUCAACUUACACCAUGGAAAAGUUUAAGCUUCCAUAGUGCUUCUAUACUUAUCAACAUUCAAAUUCUCUACACACUUUUCCAAAGCUCAUCUAUAAUAACAAAAAACUAGCUUUGCCAGUCAAAUUCUAUGAUUCACAACUAGGAUGCUUUGCGAAGUAUGCAAAGGCGUAUUCUCGUACCGCGGCAGCGAUAAAUACGGAUACAACAACCAAAUAGGGGGCCACCAUGCAAGUGCAUUGUCACUAAAUGAAGCUGCGUCCGCUGGCUGCAGGAUUUGCACUCAAAUAAAGCAACGGGCCCUGACAGAGCUGGGAACGCUUGAAAACGUGGAGAUGAGACUUAGGAUUACCGAAGUCGUUGUGAACCAGACCGACGAGGGAACGAUAUCAGUUCAAGUAGAAAAUCUCAUGAUUUUACCUGAUCUCAAUGGGCAGCACAAGACACAAGUUUGGCAGUAUCUUUCUAUCUUUGGGGUAGCUGAGCCAAAAAGACCCAUCAACAUCAACGUCGGCAAAAGGCAACCAGAAGUACACCGUCCGAUUUCUGAUGUGGCUGAUAAAGCGAGAGCAUUUAUAAGCCGUUGUGUUGAAGGGCAUGCGCAGUGUAAGGCUAGAAUGAAUUCAACGUACUACCCUACUCGUCUUCUCGAAUUGAGCGAAUUUACAGCCAAAAUCAUUCACCCAUUAAUCGAUGGCGCAAUAGGACCAUAUGUUGCUCUGAGCUAUUGCUGGGGCCCAAACCCAACUUCAUACGAUUAACAGCAUCGAACAGAGGUGAGCUUCAGGCCGGCAUCCCACUCGAUUAUCUUCCCAUUGCAUUCCAGGAGGCUAUCAAUCUUGUCAAGAUCCUGGGCUACAGGUAUAUUUGGAUCGACUCUUUGUGCAUUAUUCAGGAAGGAGCAGAUAGUGUCGACGAUUGGACGAGGGAGUCUGCCACAAUGGGGGACGUCUAUUCCCAUUGCAUUCUAAACUUGUCAUUAUCCCGCGUUUCAAGCCCCAAGGAAAGCUGUCUCGGUGGGCAUGGUUUACACAACCUCAUCCCUCCCUUUUCAGUCAAGCUUAAAGACCAAUCUUUCACUAUGUUUGAUGAAGCAUACUACCGUCUUGCACUCUACCGGCAACCUCUUGGUCUUCGCGCGUGGACCUUUCAAGAGCGAGUACUAGCUUCACGAGUACUUUCUCUUGGCCAGGGAGAAUUAUUCUGGGACUGCCUGGAAUUGAGGGGAGCGAGCGAAUCCUUUCCUCUAGGAUUGACACCACGUAUAUCAGCAGCGCUAAAGGUGGCUCAACUCGAAAUCUCCAUCCCGACCAAGCAGCUUCCCUUGUAUGAAUUCUACAAUCAGUGGCUGCGUAUACUGGACAACUAUACACCACGAAAUGUUACAUUCGUGGAGAAGGACAAACUCAUCGCACUUGGGGCUGUUGCUUCUCGAAUGUGUUGUGUACAGGACGAUAUCUACAUAGCUGGUCACUUUAAGUCCACAUUACCUUACAGUUUACUCUGGCGACUACAUAACACGAAUGACGGUUCAAAGUGGAGUAAUACAAUGGGAAAACGCAUAAGAUCUUCUAUUGCAUCUAUUAAUACACCUAGCUGGAGCUGGGCGUCUAUCGAUGGCCCUGUCAGGCACUAUACAGGUUCGCAACCAACAUCGAAGGACAUGUGGCCUGAUUCGUUGGCUACAGUGAAAACCCACCAUUUGAAAUUGAAAGAUGACACAAAUCCCUUUGGCCAGUGCGUAUCUGCAAGUAUCACUAUAAGCACAGUCUGUACAGAAAUUGUUUGGAGCCAGGCUGUAUCCGGAUGGCAGCUCUUGGACAGGACAAAAACCCUCGAAGACUACAGCCAGAGGGGUGAUCCUGUCCUGAUUGUAUGGCUAGAUGAUCCUGAUCAACGACACAGAAUGAUAGAUGGAACUAAAUUCACUCUAGCAGCGUUCUGUGAUGGUUAUAUGGUGGGGUCAGAUCAACCAGCUCGACAGGGUCUGGUUCUCCAAGAGUUUGUAGAAGGCACAGAAAAAUUAUUCAGAAGGAUAGGACACUUCAGACUAGGUGCUCGUGAUAAACCUCAAGCUGGGCAGACGCUAGCCGAUUUUGAAAGUGCACAAAUGAGAAGAGGUUGGAAAGAAGUUAAGGAAGUAUUUGAAAUUGAAAACAGAACGCUGGUUUUAGUAUAAUGAGUCUAUCCACAAUAACAAAACCAACUUGGGGUCAAAUUGGUUUAUUUCCCUAUAUAACCCGUUAAUGCAAAUUUGUUGAAAAAGUCA